ACCCAUAUCAUUUCGACUUCAAAUCCAAGCUAGGCCGGCUGUUCACCAUAAUGACGCAAAUCGAAUCCCAGCAAAACACUUUCAAAGAAAUAUCAGAUCAAGCCAAGGCGGUUGUUGGGCGAAUCAAACACAUUAUCGCUGAAGGGUCUGUAGGCAAGAAAGGCGAGGCCAGCAGUGGCUGGGAGCUCUCUAGUAAAGAGCUUGAUCAGGAAAUCCGCACGUUAUCCAAUGAACUGAGUAUCAACGGAUACACGGUCUAUAAUUGCAAAGUAUGUCACCUCGUGCGCGGGGGGAUUAUCCAGAACAGAACAGGUCACCAAAUUAUUAUCCUCUUGAACAGAAAUGCGACCUUCCUACCAAAGAAGCCUCUCCUAUCGUUUCACUACACUACACAAAUAGAACGGCUCUUGGGCGACAACGUUGAUCUUAUAAUAAUGUCACUACGAAAAUCUGAGACCUGUUGAAGGAAUCAUGUGGAUAUGUACCCGGGCACUUGUUUGAGUUGUUCCUCCAAGAUUCCAAAACCAGUAUCAUAAUUCAUGAUCUAUGACACGCUGUAAAUUCAAUAUUGAUUCGCAUAUAGCAGAGGCCAAAUUGGUCCUGUGGAAGGGUGAUUAAUGCCUUGAGGAGUUGAGUGUGCCAACUAUUCAUCAGAAAGAUCUGGAAAUCUAUCUCUGGAAAAGUUUC